AUGACUGCAGAAGAUAUAGAUUUACCAAUAAUGUGGAGACCAAUAUCUUUGAAUGGAUUAGAACAAGAAAAUAGUAGAAAAUUAAUUAUUUGUUGUGCUGAUUAUAUUGUGCCUGGACAUGGAAAAAUAUUUAAAAUUAAUAAAAUUAUGAAGGAAAGAUUUAAUUGUAUUGAAAAUGAAAAGAAGAAAAGGAAAAAAGGAAAAAAUUAG